AUGCCACAAAACCUCCGCUCCAUCCUCGGCAAACCACGAAUAACAAAAUCAAAACCCGCCCAACAAUCAUCACAAUCCCCCCGAAGGAAGAAGACGCCCAAAUCCCAAGAUGAAGCCCUCUUCCCCGAGAAGUUUAGCGACUUAGGCGCCACGCCUAUCCUCACAGCACAUGAAGAACUCACACUCCGGGAUGUGCCUCAAGCGAUGCGGUACAUCCGGUCACACAUGUUUACGACUGUGCCAGCCACAGGAUUCACAUCCACGCGGACAGCGGACAUUUUAAACUACAGGAUAUCAAUACCGCCCAUCGUGACAAUGGGCCAUAUAAACGGGGUGUUGACGAGUUCACCUGGGAAAAUUGAGCGUGAAAUCGUCGAACUAGUCGGCAAGGGAAUUCUUCGUAAAGUCCGUGUCGAAAGGAGAGGCGGUAUGGGGGAGGCACUUAUCGAAAUGUCCGACCUGGAGGGUAUGCUAGCUAGGGCAGUUGACAAGAAGGAGAUAUCAGACGGGGCAAGGGUCAAGUUUCUCGAUGUUUUACGGGGGAGCACCACGGCACAGACGGUGGGUGAUUCGGCAACACUGUCGUCCAGUCAGGUAGAUGAGCUUGUGAGGGCAGGAUUCCUAACCAGCUCGACGGCCACGCCGGGGAGCACACUACACGUACGGCCGGAGGACCGCACGACGCUGACGUCCAUCCAGCACGUUUCGAGGUUUGCCUCGGGAACUGUUUCAGCCGUUGGCGGACAAAAUGCAAUCCACCUAGCGGGAGGGGGAGGCGGCGCGCCGGCGUUGACUCGCCGCGGCGAAGGGCUGGAUGGGUUCAGGAUCGCGGUGCCUGGCCACGGGCGGUAUCUCAAGCUGGCGGAUGGGGCGGUGGACUGGCUGCGCGAGGCGAUGGGCAAGACGAAAUGGGGGGAGGGCCCGGAGUCGUGGUUGAGGGAGAGGUUUGAGGGGAAUGGGCUGUACGGGACGAGGUGGAAGGAGUUUUGGGGCGUGGAGUGGGAGUGGGUGCUUGGGCAGGCGGUUGGAUUGGGUGUUGUAGAGGUCUUUGAGACGGGGAGUGUUGGGAAGGGUGUGAGGGCGUUGGCAUGA